AAGGAGGUGCACUUCCUGUGUUGGGUGAGAGAAGAAUGGCAGCAGGACAGAGCAGAGGAGAGCUGUGUUGUGUUUUCUAACCAGGGAAGAGUCCGUCCAGACGACCAGCAGGACCGAGGAGCCCAACAAACUGGCUUCAGGCUUCAGUCUGAUUUAUGAGAGCAGAGCUGAGCAGCAGCAGAGUGAGAGGCCGAGGCCGAGGGAAAGAAGGAGGGCAGAGAUAAGUGUCAAUCUGUUCAGACUUGUUUGGGAAUUUGAGGAAGGAGGCGAGCCAGAGAGGCAGCGAGAGGCAGAGCAGCAGCGUAAACAUUAACUUCUCUUAGGCAGAAAAAGGGGAAAAAAGCAGCUCAGAUUUAGUGAAAAAAACCCUUUCUUCUGUCACUGAGACAAUGUGAACUAGAACAGGGGCUUUUCUGAGUUGUGCAAUCUCAUGUUUCUGAGCUGAAGUGGACCUGGGGAGCCGACAGAGCACAACUCCCCGGGACUGUACGUUCAGGUUUCUCCAAAUUAUGCUCCAAUGGGGACCAAAAGGCCGAGCUGCAGCCUCCUCGACUCUAACGUUAACAUGUCCAACCACAAACUCCAGCCGGGUGGAAGAAUCUCCAGAGAUCCCAGUCCGAGACCAGCGAUGACGGCCCAGUCCGACCGAGACCGAGACCGAGAGGAUGUCCGGAGGAGUGAGAGCCAAGCUGUGAAGAUGAGAGAUAAAGUGAGAUACAAAGACGUGGAGACGAUGGAGAGACUCUAUGAAAGAGAGAGACGAAGGGAUGGAGAGAGGAGAGAGAGGUGGCCGGAGGAGGACAGAGGAAGGAAUGGAAGACCUCUGUCCAACCAGGAGAAGGAGGUCGGGAGGGAUGUCAGAAGAGGCCAGAAGAAAGGCGACACAUUUCCCAGAGUCAAGAAAGACAACAGAAGAAUGACGCCGUGCGACGAAAGAGGGAAGAGGAGGCCGAGGAGAGGAGACGAGGAGGGCUGGAACAGAACCUGGUACCGAGACGAAGACCGACCCAGAGACAGAAACCAGGAAUCAGCCCUCCGAGGUCAGGACUGGAGACAAGACGUGGAGGUCAGAGCGAGGGAUGAAGGUAAAAGAAGAGAGAGAGAGGUCAGGGUGAGUUCUCCUCACAGAAGACGAGACAGAGAGGUUCAUUCGGAUAGAAGAGAGAGGAGGGAAGGACGGAGGGACACGAGGAGUGAAGGGGACAGCGAGGAGAGAGAGACGAGGAGGGAGAGAGCCAAGAGAGAGGAGGUGGUCUACCAGAACAGCAGGAGUGAAGGGGACAACAAGAGAGACCGAGAGAGGGAGGAGGACAGGACCAGGAGGAGGACAGACAGGCACAGGAGGGCAGAGAGACAGGAGGACAGGUACGACAGGAAGGAAAACAGGUACGACAGGAAGGAGGACAGGUACGACAGGAAGGAGGACAGGUACGACAGGAAGGAGGACAGGUACGACAGGAAGGAGGACAGGUUUGACAGGAAGGAGGACAGGUACGACAGGAAGGAGGUGAGGAAGGAAGACAAGUACGACAGGAAGGAGGACAGGUUUGACAGGAAGGAGGUGAGGAAGGAAGACAGGUAUGACAGGAAGGAAGACAGGUUUGAUAGAAAGGAGGAGAGGAAGGAGGACUUGUGCGACAGGAAGGACAGGUACAAAAGGAAGGAGGAGAGGUUUGACAGGAAGGAGGACGAUGCAUUCAGGCAUCAGAGGACAGAUCAGGACAGAGUACCUCCCAAACCUCCACCGCGAGCCCAGAGCAGCGGCGAGUGGAGCAGCGACAGCGAGUCCAGAUUCAGGAGAGACAAAGACAGGCGAGACUUAGAGAGAAGACAUGAAGGGAGAAGUGAGGGAGGCGUAGGGGAGGCGACAGGGGGAGCGUCAGAGCAGAGGAGGAUGUGGUUAGAACCACAGAGGAAUACCAGAGAACCAUCUGUAGACCGAGAGAGGCACACGAGACGGAGAGAGAGCAGGAUGGAGGCUGAAGAGAAGGAACCAGAGGAAGGCAGAUAUCGGGGAGGACAGGGGGAGACAGAGGGGGUGAGUGUGGACAGAGAGGAGGUGCAGGAGGAACAUCUGUCCGACAGCGACGGGGAGGAAGAGGGUGGGAGCGACUACUGGGCACGCUCGGAAGAUAGCGAAGGAGGAAGUGAUGUGGACUGGAGGCAGGAAAGGGACAGAAUGCUGUCGGGAGAGGACGGCUUCGUCACCGUGUCCAGCAGCGGAGACCGAGAGGACGAGGAGGACGAGGAGUUCGUGGACUGUCGGGAGUUCUGGGACGUCAGAGAUGACUCACCUGGAGAGGAGGAAGAGACUAAGUACGUCUUCUGUGUGACUGGACAGACUCUACCCCGGUCACAAGCCGGUCACAUGGGUGGAGCUGAGGAAAGUUUAGAAACUCAUCAUGAUGACCUCAAAUGUGGCCAACACCCAAACACCAGCCAGGAACCUGAAGAACCCGUCUCCUCAGAGCUUCAGGAGCCCAGAGUCAUACUGAGGAGCAAAGCUGAGCAUCCGUACGACGAGGUCGGGACGAUUAAACGAGACUCUCAGACCGAAAGACUCCUCAAAGAAUGGAGGCAGAAGAACAAAGACCUGGCAGCCGGAGACACCGACCAGACCUCUCCUCUCCCCAGGAACCCCUACGCCGACGUCGGCUCCCAGGUGGGCUUUAAGAACAUCCAACCCAUCCUGGACCAGAUCAACUCCGGAGCCAUGAGUCUGGAGGAAGUGGAGGCCAUCCGGAUCAGGAUGAGCGGAGCCUGGAGCAUGUCCGAGGAGCCCAAGAGGCACUCCCAGGCGCCUCACCUCAAGUGGGCCAAAAACGUGGUCCGGGAGAUCCUGGGACGGUCCGAGGAGACGGGGGUGGACGAACCGAACGCACCCGAACAACCUGAGCCCGAGGAGGAAGAAGCGCCUGAAGUUCAGCUAACACCGGAGGAGGAUCAGUCGGAGGAGGAGCUGGAGGGGCUGAGAGGUACGAGGUCGAGCAGAGCCGGCAUGCAUGUUGAACAGCAACCAGACAUGCAUGUAAAAACUAACACGCAACUAGAGGCAGACAGACAGGGAGGCCAGGCAGAGAGGAAAGAUCUAGAGGGAGGAGGCGAGGAGGAGGCAGGGAGCAAACGGAAGGAGGUGGAGAUGUUUCUAAGUGUCAGCGGCACUCUGUACAAACCCAGCAGCUGCCCCAUCCUUAACUAUGAGACUGCAGAGGAGGAGGUGGAGGAGGUCGGGAAGGUAGAGGCAGUGGAGGCGGAAGGCAGACAGGAAGUGGAGGUGGACAUGGAAGGCAGACAGGAAGUGGAGGUGGACAUGGAAGGCAGACAGGAAGUGGAGGUGGACAUGGAAGGCAGACAGGAAGUGGAGGUGGACAUGGAAGGCAGACAGGAAGUGGAGGUGGACAUGGAAGGCAGACAGGAAGUGGAGGUGGACAAAGGUAAAGUAGGGACGUUGACGAGCUCCUGCAGCUUUCGGGAUCUGGGUCCUGAAGCUCGGAUCCGAAGGAGAGGAAUCCGUAAGACGACAGAGAGAAGACAUGGAGAGCUGGUAGAGGUGGAGGAAGAAGAGGAGGAAGGUGUUGGAAGAGAUCGCAGAACCAGAAUAUUCUCUGCAACAGAUGACGAAGACGAUCGCAGUAAAAGCUGGGGAGAAGUGGAGCUCAGGAAUGUUUUGGACACGAUCGAGAAGCGAAGACGGAAUUCAAAGUUUUUCAAUGCUGCUCAGCUCUACCAGCAGUACAGUGAAGCAGCUCAGAACUUUGAGAUCCUCCGUCAGGCCCGUUCAGACGUCCUGUCGGUGUGUGAGGAGAACGUUCCGGCUCCUUCUCCUCCUCCGGCCCGCCGCCCGCUGCCUCCCCUGCCUCCCGUCCCUCACCCCCACUCCCUCAUCAGCAGCACCCAGAGCCUGACGCUGCCGGAACCCCCCAGAACCGAGCGACGGUCCUCCUCCCCCAGACUCUCCAUCUCCCUCAGCGGCCAGUCGGCCUCCCUGUGGAGGGAGCUGCCUGGAGUCAGGAACAGUGUGGAGCUGGAGGAGCUGAGCGAGGACCAGAGGAGGCUGCAGGAGGUGAGGUUUGAGGUGGUGACUUCAGAAGCUUCGUACUGCAGGAGUCUGGACAUCGUGGUGGAUCACUUUGUGAAGUCCAAGCAGCUCGGAGCGAAGCUGACCAACCAGGACAGGAACUGGCUGUUCUCCAGACUGGCCGACGUCCGAGCCAUCAGCCACAGUUUCCUGUCAAAGCUGGAGGAGCGGGUCGAGUCGGACAUCAUGCACUUCACGGUUUGUGACAUCAUCGCUCGCCACUGCCAGCGCUUCAGGAUGGUUUACGUUCCCUACCUCACCAACCAGUCGUACCAGGACGCCACCUACCAGCGGCUCAUGAACGAGAAUCAGGAGUUCAAGCAGCUGGUGGCCAAACUAGAGAGGAGUCCGGUCUGCCAGAGGCUUCCUCUGCGCUCCUUCCUGGUUCUUCCCUUCCAGAGAAUCACCAGAAUCAAGCUGCUGGUCCAGAACAUCGUGAAGAGGACGACUCCCGGAACAGCCGAGGCCCUGCAGGCCAUCAAAGCCAUGAAGCUCCUGGAGAAGCUGAUCCAGGAGAGCAACGACAGCAUCUCUCAGAUGAAGAGCAUCGAGUCUCUGGUUUCUCUCAGCGCUAAAGUCGACUUUGAGUGCAGAACUCUUCCUCUGGUCAGUCAGUCUCGUCGGCUGGUGAGAGAAGGUCCGGUUACCGAGCUGAUGGAUUUCUCUCUGAAGGACACGGAGCGAAGCGUUUACCUGCAUCUGUUCAACGACUACCUGCUGCUGUCGCUGCAGAAAGAAGGAGGAAGGUUCACUGUCAUCGAUCACUCUCCCGUCUCAGACCUGCGAGCAGAAAACUGCCGAGUCAAGCUUCACUCGCUGCAGAAGAACCUGUUCCGGCUGCACAUGUCGCACAAAGCCCUGCUGCUGCGGACCGACACACAGAGCGAUAAGCUACGCUGGAUAUCGGCUCUCUCCAGGCCUCAUCAGGAAAUAGACUUUUCUGCUGCACAAGAUUUUGAACAGAUGCAGUGUAUCCGAGCCUUCGUUGCCCAGCAACCGGACGAGCUGUCCUUAGAAAAAGCCGACGUUAUUCUGGUGCACCAGCAGAGCAGCGACAACUGGGUCGAGGGAACCCGGCUGUCGGACCGACAUCGUGGAUGGAUGCCUAAGUCCCACCUGGAGACCAUCAGCAACUCCAGAGUCCGACAACGAAACCUGUCGGACGCCCUCAAACUCACCACAGCCACAGCUGCCGUCUGACGGCCAGGAGGGCCCUGAACGCACCACAAAGGAAACUGUUUUAAACUGCUGGAAUCGAGCUUCAGACAUUUCUGCUCCCAGUUUGGAUGCAUCUCAGCAGAACUUUGGUUGAUUCACUCGGUGGAACGUCUGCAGAGACACGUGAAAGACUUUAACUCAUCUAUCACCCACCACAGACAGCGAGGGUCUGUGUUUUAAGAACAAUAUCUUCUAAAGGAAAUGACCUUUUUCCAAGAAACACUGUUUUUGGGAAAUGUAUUAUUGUUUGUGUAUAUUGAACAGAAUCUAAUGAUUUUUGAAUCGGAGCCGACAGAACAUAAAGAUUCAAACGUUUUACAGAAGACAUUUCAAUAAACUCUGAUUGGUGGAAUAAAAACACAUUCGAGCCUCA